UGCAUUCCGCAGCCCCAGCCCCAUUAGCAAUUAAUAGCCAACAUGUCAAUCUCUGGAAUUCAAGGUCAUUCGCUUGAGGUCACUGUUGUAGGAUGUAGUAAUUUGAGGGACACAGAAUGGAUAUCAAGGCAAGAUCCCUAUGUCUGUCUUGAAUAUGGAAAUUUCAGGCACCAAACCAAAACGUGUACAGAUGGAGGUAAGAACCCAUCUUUCCAGGAAAAGUUCAUCUGCACACUCAUCGAAGGCCUUCGAGAACUGAAUGUUGUUGUCUGGAAUAGCAACACCCUCACGGCGGAUGACUUCAUUGGCAGCGGAAAGAUUCAACUCCACAAGGUCCUUUCCCAAGGUUAUGAUGAUACUGCGUGGCCAAUUCAGGGUAAAUAUGGAAGGUACUCGGGAGAAGUUCGGUUCAUACUGUAUUAUCCAAAUGCUAAUAACAAAACAGCCACAAGACUUGCACCAUCAGUGCCAUCAUAUGCAACACCCAAUUCAGCCCUUUCUCCGAUUUACUCGUAUGAUACUGCCCCCCCACCACUGCCAGUGGCUCCUUACCCGGCAGCCACCACCGCCUACUCUGCACCUCCUUACCCUCCUGCCACCAGUUACUCUGCACCAUCUCCUUACACAACCUAUUCACCAUCAUCCUCUUACCCUCCUUCUCAACCUCUAGCUGGCUAUCCCCAGACAUGUCCUCCCUCUGGAUAUCCUUCACAAACAUUCCCACCUCCCCCUCAACCUUUAACAUCACAACCAUACCCGCCUCCUCCUCAACCCCUAAAUUCACAACCAUACCCACCGCCUCCUCAGCCCCCAGCAUCACACCCAUACCCGUCUCCUCCUCAGGCACCAGCAUCACAGGCAUACCCACCUCCCCCUCAGGCCCCUGCCUAUUAUCCUUCAGCUCAAUAUCCCGCAGUCUAUCCACCACCACCAUACUAAGCUCUAUAUACAGAUAUCCGGCGCGUCUGGAGAGUGGAGAGGAGAUACUAAUAACUUGUUGCAUGUGAAGAGAACGCAGCAUCCAGGAGUAGCUAAAAUCGCUUAUAUUCAGAUGUUAUGUUGGUUGUGUAUUGAUUCGAUUAAUUUAAAAGAAAGUGUCGGCCAUUUUGAUA